ACACACACAUGGAUGAGCUCCUUUCACGGCAGCAGAAAGUCCCCUUUUCCCCACUUUUGCAAUAACUCCUUUUUAUUCUCAUUUUUGGCCUCUGCAAAACGCUUUUAUAAGAGCUCUGCUUUCAUUUUUCAGGCCAGAGUUUGGUGCUUUUUAGGCCCUCUCGCCGCCUUCCAGCCGCAGCUGCAGAGAGAUUUUCCCACACACUCACUAUAUAGCUCUGCUCAAUGCAAUAACGAUUUGUGGCCUAGCAUUUAAUUCAAUUGCAGGUUCCUUCCUACUAGUUUCUGUCUUGACCUUUACCUCUACCUCCACCUCCACCUCCACCUCUACCUCUGCUGCGACUGUCCAUUAAUCAAAUCCCUGGUGCCUUUUUCUAGCCAUACUUGGUCUUAGUGGGGGUGGGUCACAUAUACCCGGACUUGGAUCAAUCAAGCAAGCGAUUGCUUAAAUAUUAACUUGCUGGGUGGUUUAGUGAUCUGGGAUCGAUCUGGGUUUUAGAAAAGGACUCAUCAAACCGUAGUAAGAUCUGCCAUAAUUCCUUCGAGUAGCGAAAAUCGAAGACAAUGUUGGGUGAAAAGCAAGCAGAAGAAGCCAUUGUCUCCAACUUCAAUGAAACCGAACGCGACAGCGGCGGCAAGGAGGAGGAUGUCGCCGCCGAGGACCACUCCUUUUUCAGCCUGAAAAACGCCCUCUGGCACGGCGGCUCCGCCUGGGACGCCUGGUUCAGCUGCUCCUCCAAUCAAGUUGCGCAAGUGUUGCUGACACUUCCCUAUUCUUUUUCACAACUUGGAAUGCUCUCUGGAAUCGUCUUCCAAAUUUUCUACGGAUUGCUCGGCAGCUGGACAGCGUACCUUAUCAGUGUUCUAUACGUCGAGUAUCGAAGUCGCAAGGAGAAAGAAGGCGUCAGCUUCAAAAAUCACGUCAUUCAGUGGUUCGAAGUGCUGGACGGGUUACUUGGGCCAUACUGGAAAGCAGCAGGACUGGCAUUCAACUGCACAUUCCUUCUAUUUGGAUCUGUCAUCCAACUCAUAGCCUGUGCCAGCAAUAUAUACUACAUAAAUGACCACUUGGACAAAAGGACAUGGACGUACAUAUUUGGAGCUUGCUGUGCCACCACUGUGUUCAUCCCCUCCUUUCACAACUACAGAAUCUGGUCCUUUUUGGGGCUCGGGAUGACCACCUACACCGCCUGGUACUUGACCAUAGCUGCUCUUGCUCAUGGCCAGGUUGAAGGUGUGCAGCACUCUGGUCCAAAAAAGCUAGUGCUCUACUUCACCGGCGCUACCAAUAUUCUCUACACAUUUGGUGGACAUGCUGUCACAGUGGAAAUAAUGCAUGCCAUGUGGAAACCACAGAAGUUCAAGUAUAUAUACUUAUUGGCCACGCUGUAUGUUUUCACAUUAACCCUGCCGUCGGCGACCGCCGUCUACUGGGCGUUCGGCGAUCAGCUCCUCAACCACGCCAACGCCUUCUCCCUCCUCCCCAAGUCCGGCUGGCGCGACGCCGCCGUCAUCCUCAUGCUCAUCCACCAGUUUAUUACAUUUGGAUUCGCAUGCACUCCGCUGUACUUUGUGUGGGAGAAAGUGAUCGGAAUGCACGACACUCGAAGCAUAUGCGUGAGGGCACUGGCGAGGCUGCCGGUGGUCAUUCCCAUAUGGUUCCUCGCCAUUAUCUUCCCCUUCUUCGGGCCCAUCAAUUCCGCCGUCGGCGCCCUUCUCGUCAGCUUCACUGUCUAUAUCAUUCCCGCCUUGGCCCAUAUGCUCACUUACCGGAAAGCCUCUGCUCGUCAGAAUGCUGCAGAGAAGCCUCCAUUCUUCAUGCCGAGCUGGACGGCGAUGUAUGUCCUGAACGCCUUUGUGGUGAUAUGGAUCUUUGUAGUCGGGUUCGGGUUUGGCGGGUGGGCAAGCCUCACCAAUUUCGUGAAGCAAGUCGACACCUUUGGCCUCUUCGCCAAGUGCUAUCAAUGCAAGCCGCCGCCUCCUACGCAUCCAACGGCUGCUGCGCCGCCACCUCACCAUUGAUCCGACGACCACGAGGGUGGUUACUAUUUUCAUCACAGGCCAGAAACAACAUCAGUUUACUAAUAAUAGCUUUUUUUAUUUUUCUCUUCAUCUUUCUACCUUCUAUUUUUUUUUUUUGUAAUAUAAAAUAGUUGCAUUAUUUGCGUUUGCUUCCGAUUGUGUGGUUUUCAUAUAUUAUAUAUAUAUAUUUUCUUUUUUAAGACCAAAAAAAGAAAAAAGAGGUUUUUUUUUUUUUAAUUUAAAAAUUGUUAGGCGAGCAUUAUUAUUAGAGUUGUGAAUGUGAUUUGUUGUUGGUUCCCUUUGCUUGUUGAAGCAUGGAGCUAAAUUAAUUGAAAUCAAUCAAUGCAAGUUAGCAUAUCAUGCUUUUUAUCUU